ACUUUUGCAAACUUCUUAACUUUAUUUUUUUCCACUUCUUAUAUGGUGGCACGUUUUAAGAAGCUCGUUGAAGAGAACUCUCCGCGCGUAAUGCGAAGCGACUCGGUUUUAUUCCCGAUUUUGACGCUUGUUAAUGCAAAGGAGAAGCAAGAUCUCUUUGUUAAUUAUGUCGGUGGUUCCUCUGAGCGUAACUAGGAGCUCCCUUUCGUUUAUUUUCACGAGAUUCGCCUGUAGAGCUCGCGCGUAAAGCCGGAGGGGAACCGAGCAUCUAAAUCGCUUUCUGGAAAGCACCUAGCAGACUUUCUAUACUAGAGCUCAUCUGUUUAUUUUUAAUUGAACACACAAACUUUGGUGCUGGUUUGAAGAGCCCUUACCUUUGCUGACAUUGUUGUGAUGCGCAUCCCGGUAGAUCCGAGCACCAGCCGCAGGUUCAGUCCGCCGUCCAGCAGCCUUCAGCCGGUGGCGGGGAAGAUGAGCGAUGCGCCGCAGGAGCAGAACGCGGCGCUGCCGAGACUCCGACAGCACGACAACCGGACGAUGGUGGAGAUCAUCGCGGACCACCCAGCCGAGCUCGUGCGGACGGACAGCCCCAACUUUCUGUGCUCGGUGCUGCCGUCCCACUGGAGGUGCAACAAAACUCUCCCGGUGGCGUUCAAGGUUGUUGCUCUGGGAGAUGUUUCUGAUGGGACAGUGGUGACAGUUAUGGCAGGAAAUGAUGAGAACUACUCGGCAGAGCUGCGAAACGCCUCGGCUGUCAUGAAGAAUCAGGUGGCACGUUUCAACGACCUGAGAUUUGUUGGCAGGAGUGGAAGAGGAAAGAGCUUCACGCUGACAAUCACAGUAUUCACGAACCCACCGCAAGUGGCUACUUACCACCGAGCCAUAAAGGUCACAGUGGACGGACCGCGGGAGCCGCGAAGACACAGACAGAAACUGGAAGACCCCCCUAAACCGCCGCUGUUCUCUGAGCGCCUGAGCGAGUUAGAGCGUUUGCGCCAGACCACCAUGAGAGUUGCCGUUCAAACCCAGAGUCCCCGGCCGUCUCUCAACGCCACGACGAACUCCUUCAACCCGCAGGGGCAAACUCAGAUCUCAGAUCCGCGGCAGACGCAGUCCUCUCCGCCCUGGUCCUACGAGCAGCCCUACACUCCUUACCUGAGCCAAAUGACAUCUCCCUCCAUCCACUCCACCACCCCGCUGUCCUCCACCCGCGCCACGGGCCUCCCCUCCAUCAGCGACGUGCCAAGACGCCUCUCAGGUGCGUCGGAUCUCAGUCCGUUCUCGGCUGACCCGCGGCAGUUCGAACGUCAAUUUCCCGGUCUGUCCUCCCUCACAGACUCCCGUUUCCCCAGUCCCAGAAUGCACUAUCCUGGGACGUUCACAUACACCCCUACACCGGUCACCUCGGGCAUGUCUUUGGGCAUGUCCAGCACCACCCACUACCACACCUACCUGCCUCCGCCGUACCCCGGAUCCACCCAGAACCAAAGUGGGCCGUUCCAGACCAGCAGCACGCCGUACCUUUACUACGGCGCCUCGUCUGGGUCGUACCAAUUCUCAAUGGUGCCAGGUGGAGAUCGAUCCCCCUCCAGGAUGCUGCCGCCUUGCACUAGCGCAUCCACUGGCAGCACCCUCAUCAACCCCAACCUGCCCAAUCAGACGGACGGAGGCGAUGCGGACGGCAGCCACAGCAGCUCGCCAACCAUUCUCAACUCCAGCGGCAGGAUGGACGAGUCCGUUUGGAGACCAUAUUGAGACGGUCUGGUUGAACGAGACCUCAACGCAGCACUGUUAGCCUUAAAGAAAAAGAGUGAGAGAUAGUUGCAUGAAAGAAUCAUCAGAUUGGAAGCACAAAGUCAUUGGUUCUCACUGGUACUCAUUGGUACAAAAGUACAAUAUUGAAUGGUUGCAGUGUAUUUUUAUGACUACACUGAUGUUUUUUAAUUCUAUAAAACAGAUGCCCCUUACAGGGAAUGAUUUAGUGCAUUAAGGUGCAAUGUGAACGCACCUUUAAUCUGAUUCAUCUGACAUUCCACUUCACCAGUGAUAUAAAAUUGAAUUUAAAGGAAUAGUUCUGCCAGAAACUAAAAUAUACUCUCCUUCAUGUCGUUCCAAACUUGUAUGUUUCUUCUGCAGAACACAUAAGGAGAUGUUUAGCACAAUGUUGAUGCUGCGCAUUUGAAUACAACGAAAGCAUACUGUCACUGUCGAGCUCUGAAAUCCUCUUUAAGAUGGAUCUUUAAACUCCAAAAAGCACCAAAAAAGUGGUCCAUAUGACUUGUGCGCUAGAUCUUCUUGAGCCUUUCAAUAGCUGUGUGUAAUUAACAGAACUAUGUUUAAGAGUAAACGAUGCCAGAACGUUCAUCCCUUUUCCUGUCCUAGAGUAAACUUUCAUUGCAUUGGAAUGCAUCCACACUAUUGGCGCAAAUAUUUUUAUAUUAACUCUGUAUAAUUUAGCAUUUCUUAACACUGAAAGCAAUUGUUAUUGUUGUUGUUUUAUUUAUGCAUGCUGGAAGUCUAUUUUCUGGCUAAUUCCCUCUGAUUAUUUUAAUUUAUGUAUGAAAUGGUAGCAAACGGUACUGAUUCGAGAAGCAAUAUAAGCCAUAUAAACCUUAAAUUAUGCAAUGUGUUGAGAGGGACAAAAUUUAAGAUGUUUGAAUAUUAUUUUUUGGGACAUCUAUUAAUAACUUAAUGAAAUAUUUACUCAUUUUGUAAUUUAAAUGUUUUGUUAUUAUUAUUGUUAUUUUAAAGCAACCAAAAAGAAACUCAAAUGAUGUGUAAGCAAUGAAGGAAGGAUAUUUCAUUGUAAGUCUAUAUCCACAAUUUUUCUCAGAAUAAAAUCUCAGUCGGAAGCAUUCAGAAAUGUUUUAGACGGAGUAAAUCUGAGUAGGUAACAUCUAUAACACAAACAAUCAAUAAAUGUACAAAGAUAUGUUAUGAGAGGUGACGUGCUGCACUCUCCACUUGUUUGACUUGGUAUCCAAUGCUUAUUUAGUUAAUUUAUUUUAGAUAAAUGUUUUAUUUAAUGUUUUUUGGUGACUACAAGAAUGACCAAACUCUUGCAGCAGUGGCCUAACUCUUUGCAUCUCCAGAUACAGACAUAAUCAAA